AUGGCGGAUGUGCUGGAAAUAACCCUGCUGAGGCCGUGCCCCCUUGCCAGGGCCACAGGACCCUAUAAAGACACCCAGGGAGCCAGGGCUGCACUCAGCCCAGCACAGGGAGGCACCAUGAAGUCCCUGGUCCUGCUGACCCUCUUGGCCCUGCUCACCCUUGGCCUCUGCCGCAGAGCUGCCGAUGGCUCUGCCAGCACCAAGGACUCGCCCAGCUCCGAAGCCUUUGUCUCCAGACGCGCCAGCGCCGAGCUGGUGCAGAGGCAGAAGCGCAAUGUCGGCUAUGGCAGCAGCGUCCCUGGAGCUCCCCCGGACCCGCUGGAGGCCAAGCGCGAGGUGUGCGAGCUCAACCCCGACUGUGACGAGCUGGCGGACCAGAUCGGGCUGCAGGAAGCCUACCGCCGCUACUACGGGCUCGUGUAGCCCCAGCCCGGCCUGGGGCGGGGGCUGAGCUCCAGAAACCCCCGUCAGCCCCCCCCGCCCCCCGCACCUUCACCCUCCCACCCUCUCUGUUAGCCCUGGAAAGAAAUAAAUGCAAACGGUAGAGCCAGAUCCUCCCCAAGCAUGGGGCGAGGGUGGGCGGCAGGA